AUGACUGCAGUGUCUCACGCUCGCGUGCCCAACACGUGCGAGUGGAUUGCUCACACCAAGAGAGGUGAUUAUCUCGUCCAGGUCGCUUGGCCUUUGUGUUGGGGUGAGGAUCGGGUCGCGCCGGAAAAUGAGGUUGUCAACACUCUCACACGCACCGUAGUUGUAGGCGUCGGCUAUCCCCCCGGCAAAUACGUCUAUGACUUCCGUCGGGGACCUGACCUGACUCCGCCCAGCGCGGACGGCACAUAUGACCUCCCUCUUGACUCGAAGGGGAACCCUCGCACCGACAUCGAAUUUGGCGAGGCCCAUGAUUUCCUCGACUUUAUCCAACACGAGGUCAUGACCCACGUCCAUGACAAGCUCUUCCCCAAGGCAUCGCUGCACACUGGAAGGAAGGCCCUAUUUGGACAUUCAUAUGGUGGCAUCUUUACUCUCAACACUAUGUUUACCAGGCCUGACCUGUUUCACACAUACAUUGCUGCGAGCCCCAUUAUCUGGUGGAACAACCACUUCCUCGUCAAGGAGCAAGAGGCAGCAUUUAUCGCCCGCGACAAGCCUGUCGAGCCACCUCUGUCGCUUAUUGUCACCUGGGGCACUGGCAAGCAGGAUCUGGUCAGGAAGCCGGGCGAAUCGGAGGAAGAUUUCAAGAAGAGACAGGACUGCUCCGAGGAUGAGCAGAUGAGGGACUGUGCCAAGGAGUUGGCGGAGCGUCUGGAAAAGUCACCAAGUGUAUCGAGUAUCUGGACACGCGAGUUUGAGGGAGAGGAUCAUGGAAGUGUAGCGGUGACAGGUCUUCAGCAUGGCAUCAUGCAGUUUAUCUUGGGGCAAGCCUAA